AUGAGCGAGGGAAAUCCGCCGUCGGCUACACUAAGCACAAAGUCUAAGAAGAACAAGAAGAAGGCCGCAAAAGCCAAAGCCGACUCCAAAGCCGACGAGCGUCCAGAGGAUGCGCCAGGCGAUCACGAUGACACUGAUCCCCAUGAUGCCAACGAGGACCCCAUACAAGUGCCAGAAUCCAACGGCGCCAAGCUUAACACGAUAGAUGGCAGUCUACCAGAUCGGUCCGUGAAUAACAAGGAGCCUGUGGCUACUAGCGAUGUCCCCUCAACCGAUAUCCAUUCCGAGCCCGCUUCCGAUGGCACCGAGCCAAAGGACCGAUUCGAUGCACUUGUUCGAGAUCGCGACUCGUUACGCGCCGAAGUAGCCGACAUGCGGAAAUCAUUGGAAGAGAUUCAGUCCAAGCACACCGCAGACAUGGAGGCCCUGCAGCAGAAAUUGGACGAUGCGGAGAGCAAAAAGGAGCAGGCGGAAACGCAGUUCCAGAUGCUCCUGGAACGAGUUAACACCAUCAAAUCGCAAUUAGGGGAGCGGCUCAAAGAGGAUGCUGAGGAAUUGGCUCUAGCGCGAUCACAAAUCGAAGACCUCGAAGAUGAGAACAACAACUUGAAGGAUGAGCUCAAUUCAAAGUCCACCCAGCUGGUAGAACUAUCGGGAGACUCAGCAGAGAAAGAGAAGGAGCUGUCUACUCUUCGGGACCGGACGAACUUAUCACAACAGAAUUGGUUGAAGGAGAAGGAAGAAUUGCUCGAGCAAGAGUCGUACCUCCAGUCGGAGUUUGAACAAGCGAAGGAGGCUAUGCAUAAUUGGGAAAUUCUUGCCAUGGAGGAGCGGUCUAUUCGGGAGAACCUGAACGAGAAGGUCGGGGAUCUGGAGGAGCAGCUUAGCAGCUUAAGGGAUGGUUAUGAACGAGCCACCCAUGAACGCGACACCCAACAGUCAACAGUUGACGGCCUUCAGCGGGCUUUGCAGGAAAUUCAAUUGGCGCGAAAGCAAGAGCUGCGAGAGCUUGUCGAGAGCUCUGAUUCUCAACUCGAGGACCUUAGACGCUCUCUGCGGGAAGCACAGAAGCAGGCUGCUGACGCCGAUAAAGGUCUCCAGAAUGCCCAGGAAGAGAUUGAGCGAGUUCGGCCAUUUGAGAAAGAGGUCAAGGAGAAGAACCUUCUCAUUGGCAAGCUACGGCAUGAGGCAGUCACGUUGAAUGACCAUCUGACGAAAGCCCUACGAUUCCUCAAGAAAGGAAAGCCGGAAGAUAAUGUUGACAGACAUAUCGUCACCAACCAUUUCCUGCACUUCCUUGCUUUAGAUCGAUCUGAUCCGAAGAAAUUCCAAAUAUUGCAACUGAUCGCUGCACUCCUAGGCUGGAACGAUGAGCAACGUGAACAGGCAGGCCUUGCCCGCCCAGGGACUUCGGGUAUGCCUGGGAAGCUCCGAGUCCCUGGCACCCCCCUCCGCACCCCGAGCACGCCAAACCUGGCGACGGAGUUCAUGGACAAUGGUGCCUCUAGUAAAGAGACACUAGCCGAAUUAUGGUCUAAUUUCCUAGAGCAAGAAGCGGAGGGUAAUAUGAAUCCAUCGCGACGAGGAAGCCACCAAGGGCCUCCCAAAUGA